AUGCCUCCUAAGCAAAAGUUCAAGACCUUUAGUCCUGAGGAUCAUGUCGAAAAACCCGACAUAACCAAAAGUCCUAUUUACCAAGGCCACCUGGCCGCGGGAAAUAUUCCCUCGUUUCAGCCUUCAAAUUAUAACCAGAACCAGCAACAGCCUGUUGGCGAUUAUCAGCAGUACGAUGGCUAUAACCAAGGAUACCAGCAAGGCCACAAUCAGGGUUAUACCCAAGAUAACAGACAAGGUGGCUACAACAACACCUAUCAAGGCAGAAACAAUUAUAGAAACAAUAAUUUCCAGUCUAAGAAUUUUACUAACAGAUCAAACUUUUCUUCUGGUGCUUCCACUCCCCAGACUGCUAACUCUUCUUCUACCUCGCUUUCUUCACUUGCAUCGGCUUUGAAGGAAGUUGAGCAGACUCCUAUUGGUCCCUCUCUUGAGAAAAUUGGCGAAGCCAAGGCUAUUUCCGAGGUUCUGUCUGCUUCUGGCGAGCUUGUGGACAUUGUUUGUGCUGAAGGCCCUGAUGCUAUUGAAAAGUUCAAUCUUGAAAAACAACUCACUGCUCUUUCUAAGUCCAAAUCUUCUCCUCUCAAGAGAGAAGCCGCUUCCACUAUUAUUUCUAAACUUGCUAGAAAGUUUGGUAACAAUACUCCUGCUGAGGCCUAUCUUGCAUCUGUUUACACCAUUCCUUUUGAUCUUCUUUCCGAUAAGGACAACUCAGUCAAGAGAGCCGCUCAGUCUGCUAUUGAUUCACUUUACACUAUUUACCAGGAUGAUUCUAAGCUUUCUGUUAUUCUUCCCACCCUUUUGAAGUAUCUUGAGUCUCCUGCCAAGUGGCAAGGCAAGCUUGGUGCCCUUAAACAGGUUCUUAAAGUUAUUGAUGAUGUUCCUCAACUUUCCUUGGAGAACAGCUUCCUCCAAGCUGUCCCAAUUCUUACUAACUGUAUGAACGACAUCAAGCCUGAACUUGCUAAGGAAGGUGCCAAGGUACUUACUGAGUUUGUUCAGAAGGUUGACAAUCAAGAUAUUCACCCAAGAAUCCCUAUCAUUAUUAAGACUCUUGCAGACCCCAAAAAGGUUCCUGAAUGCAUUAAGGCAUUUUCCCAAGUCACUUUUGUUGCUGAAGUUACUGAGUCUGCUCUUGCUAUUCUUGUUCCUAUUUUGUUCCGUGCUCUUAACCAAGCUGCCGGUUCUCAAGACCUACUCCGUCAAACUGUCAUUGUCGUGGAAAACCUUACUCGUCUCGUACAUAAUCCCAUUGAGAUUAAGCCUUUUAUUCCCGAACUUCUUCCAGGUAUCAAGAAGGUCGUUGAUACUGCUUCUCAACCUGAAGUCCGUAACCUUGGUUCCAAGGCUCUCAAGGUCUUAGAGGAUGCUCAAAAUGAGGAGUCUGUUGACAUAGUUAGAAUUACUUUGGAAGAUGCUCUUGAAAAGAUUCCUGAUUCUGUUAAUGAAGUUGUUCGCAACUACGUUGCUAACUUGGUUAAGGCUGAUGUUAACUACCGUGAGUUUGCUAGACUUGCUGAGGUUUUGAAGGUUUAUCUUCCAGAGUCUAUUGGUACUGAAGAAUACGUUACUCAGACUGUUUCAUACUUCCGCUCUUUAUUCAGAGACUCCAAGGAAGAUGACGAUGGUCAAGAAGGUAUCAAGAUUGUUAACGCCGAGUUCUCUUUGGCUUAUGGUGGCCGUAUGCUUCUUAACAAAACUGUUCUUAAGCUCUACAAAGGUCACCGAUAUGGUAUUGUCGGUCGCAACGGUGCCGGAAAGUCUACACUUAUGAGAUCUAUUUCUCUUGGAAAGCUUGAAGGCUUCCCUGACAAAUCCGAAGUCAGAACCUGUUUUGUUGAGCAUAAGCUGCAAGGUGAAGAAGGUGAUAUGGACCUUGUUUCUUUUAUUGCUUCUGAUCCCGAACUCGAAAGUUCCAGCAAAGAAGAAAUUGCCAAGGCUCUUGAGGAGGUCGGAUUUGACGAUUAUAGACGUUCUCAAAAUGUGGGUUCCCUUUCUGGUGGUUGGAAGAUGAAGCUAGAACUUGCUCGCGCCAUGCUUAUGAAGGCUGACAUUUUGCUUCUGGACGAACCUACCAAUCACUUGGAUGUUAGCAACGUUAAAUGGCUCCAGGAUUAUCUUGUUUCUCAUACUGAUAUCACAUCCCUUAUUGUUACGCACGAUUCUGGUUUCUUGGACGCCGUCUGCACUGACAUUAUUCAUUAUGAGAACAAGAAGCUCGUAUACUACCCUGGUAACCUUUCUGACUUUGUCAAGGUUCGCCCUGAAGGCAAAUCCUACUACACUCUUACCGAUUCAAUUGUUAAGAUGAACUUUCCUCCCCCAGGUAUUCUUGCAGGUGUCAGAUCCAAUACCCGUUCCGUUGCCCGCAUGACGGAUGUCACUUUCACUUAUCCUGGUGCUUCUAAGCCUUCUCUUUCCCAUGUCUCUUGUUCUCUUUCCCUUUCUUCUCGAGUAGCUAUUCUUGGUCCCAAUGGUGCUGGUAAGUCUACUUUGAUUAAGUUGCUCACCGGUGAGCUUAUUCCUGACUCUGGAAGUGUCGAGAAGCACCCUAAUCUGCGUAUUGGUUAUAUUGCUCAGCACGCCCUCCAGCAUGUUGAGCUUCACAAGGAGAAGACACCUAGUCAGUAUUUGCAGUGGCGUUACCAAAAUGGUGAUGACCGUGAAAUCCACAUGAAGAAGACACGUGCCACCUCUAAGGAAGAAGAAGAGCAAAUGUCCAGAGCUUUUGAAUUUGAUGGUAGAGAGCCUCGUGUUAUUGAGAAUAUUAUUGGUCGUCAAAAGCUUAAGAAGAAUUUCCGAUAUGAAGUCAAGUGGAAGGGCUGGAUGCCUAAAUUUAAUUCCUGGAUUCCUAAGGAGACUCUUAUUGAAUGGGGUUUUGCUAAGGCCCUUCAGCGUUUUGAUGAUCACGAGGCUUCCAGAGAAGGUCUUGGUUACAGAGAUCUUUCUCCCCCAGUUAUCAGAAAGCAUUUUGAAGAUGUUGGUCUUGAUGGUGACAUUGCUGACCACACUGCUUUAGGUUCCCUUUCUGGUGGUCAGCUUGUCAAGGUCGUUAUUGCUGGUGCUAUGUGGAACAAUCCUCACUUGCUUGUUCUUGAUGAGCCUACCAACUAUCUUGAUCGUGAUUCACUGGGUGGACUUGCACAUGCCAUUAGAGAUUGGACUGGUGGUGUCAUUAUGAUUUCGCACAAUAACGAGUUUGUGGGUGCGCUUUGUCCGGAACAAUGGGUUGUUGAAGAUGGUAAGCUCAUGCACAAGGGCAAGAGCGCAGUUGCAUCUGACAGAUUUGAUGACUCCACUCCUUCGACGACACAAUCUUCUGCUGUUAAUUCAGAUGCUGACAAUGACUCUCCUGCCAACAUUAAGAUUAAGAAGAAGAAGAAGAAAAUGACUAGAAACGAGCUCAAGGAGCGUGAAGUUCGCAGACGUCUGAGACACUUGGAGUGGCUCAAUUCGCCUAAGGGCACUCCUAAGCCACCAGACACUGAUGAUGAAGAGGAGUAA